AUGAUAUGUGUAUUUAUAGUGCUUUUAACGCUGAUAUGUGGAUUGAUACUUCCUACAGAAGGGUUAAUUCGUGUUGAAAAGCGACCAGAUAAUCGUCUUUACACUGCUGAAUACACUUCAUGUAUGCAAGAUUCCUUAAUAUCUUUUGAAAGAUUCGAUGCCAGUUACUACUCACGUAACUUGUCUAUUGUUUUAGACAUCCAUGGUUAUUCUAACUUGGAUGCAAAUGUAACCUUUGAUAUAACGGUUGAUGCUUAUGGCAGCCAGCGUGCUAGAUUCAAGUUCGAUCCAUGUAACAUGAAUUUGGGAAAUGCUUGCCCAUUGACAAAAAAUUCAAUUAUUGAAACUCAAGGAGUUCUUCCGAUUAGUUUCCAAGAUGUCAAAAUGGUUCCCAAUCUAGCAUGGACGAUUCCCGAUUUUGAAGGAUUUGUCAAAUUUAGGAUGUAUCGCACAGAGGAUUUAGAGAACUCUUCUAUAGAUGAAUCACACCCUCUUGCAUGCAUUGUAGCAUCUUUAGAAAAUGGGCAUACGUUCCAAAAAAGAGUAAUUUUCGCACUCUCAAUCGUUUCAUUUUCUUUGGCCAUUGUCGGGUUCCUUGGCUUCUGUGUGAUUGGCAUGGAACAUGGUAUUUAUAUGUUACGGCCCGUGAUUGCAAACUCAGUCCCUUCUAUCCAACAUAUAGUAGACCUUCUACAAUGUAUCGUACUUACCGCAGCCGUUGGAGUCGAACAACCAAAAGUUUUGGUAUCAUGGGCCAGCAACUUUGCAUGGAUUAUUGGGCUGAUUCCAAAUCGACAACUCAAAAACAGUAUAAACUCGUUUUUGAAGCAUUCUGGAGGUGACCUAAAUUCACAACCUAUCGGCAUACAUCGUCGCACGGUAACUGCAUCCAACCCCGAAGAUUCUGUUGUUGAUGCAUACUCUGGACUGGUAGGAUUAGCAAACAGAUUUCAUAUCACUUCUCCAGAUUUUUUUACUCUUUCACUGAUAUGGUUUGUCAUUUCCCUUGGAAUUAUCGGAGGUGCUUUGAUUGGUUUUAUGUGCAUUAGUCAACUCUUUUUAAAACUUCGAUUUAUUCGUCCCUUUUCUUGCGAAUAUGUGCUGAAGUGUUGGAAAAGGCUCCUCUUCAAUGCACUUAUGAAAUGGGUUUUUAUCUGCUUCCCUAUCUUGAUCAUGUUUGCUGUUUUCCAGUUUACAUUGUCAGAUGCCUAUGGACCUGUAAUUCUCGCCGCCAUAUUGCUUGCCUUAUUAAUGGGACUAUUUGCCUGGUGCUUUUUAAAAUUAGCCAAGGCAGUUCGUAUUAGCCGAUCUGUAACCAAAUAUCCAAAGGAAAGCAUCAAUGAUCUUAAUGUAUUAUCGUGGUCGGGCUGGAUGCAUAUGGAUUUGAAAGAGCACUGUUGGUACUUCUUCAUUAUACGUUUCUCAGUAGUCGUCCUUUCAGGACUCCUAUUCGCGCUUCUUCAAAAUUAUGGGAAGGUCCAAGCUAUUGUUCUCUUUGCGAUUGAAGUUGUUGCAAUAGGUUUCUUAAUUGGACUACGUCCGUACUUUGGGCUUUGCAGCAUGAUAUGUGCACUUUUGGUUAGCGGAACGCGUCUUGUUUCAAUGGCGUUACUAAUUCCGAUGGCAUUCAAUUUAAAUACCAUCUCGAAAGUGGUAAUUGGGAUCAUAAUCAUUAUCGUCCAAGGACUCGUAUUUUCCACGCUAACAAUUUGGGGACUUCUAAACUUUCUGAGUAUGCUUGUUACAUUAUGGCCUGUAAUUAAGUAUCAGCCAAAAUGGCUUCGUCAAUUGUUUCAGCAAGAUGAGCAAGAUUCACAACUUGAUAUUGAUGAUCACAAACUGAACGGGAAGGAAGAAGAUCCUGCAGUUAGCUCGCUUUUACUUGAAAACCUUUCCUUCGAGAGAAAUAAAGAAGUUCCUUGGCUGCAUUACGAUAACGACCGUCCAAAAGCAACAGAAGCUUCCUCUACAAUCAUACCAAUGCCUAUGCAUCCAUCGACGAAAUCCUCACAUUCUUUUUCGGAUUUUAGUGAAAUUCAACGAACUCCACCAGAAUUUUAUACAGCAUCUUCGAAUCCGUUUGAGUAA